AUGACAUCGUCGGCGGUUCCAUCAACUGGAUUAGAUAAAAUUUCCGCAGCUGAAGCUACAUUUGUUUAUCAUGGUGUUAAACAAGGCCAUAGUUAUGUUUCACAGGAAUGUACAAUUAACGUUGCUAAACCUGUAUUUAAAUCAUCAUCGUCAGUUGCUAAAUCAAUUACAUGUGGAAACACAAAAUCAAGAACAAUUGCAUGCAACGUUCUUGGACCAUUUUUUACAAGUACAUUGAUCGAGGAGUUAUUAGAAUCAGUUUUUAUUCAUUAUCAUUCGAUGCAUCAAAUAAAGAAAAUUGUAAAAUAUAUCCAUUUGCAUUGUCAAGGUGCCCGAGGGCACUUUUCUCAGUAUUUUAUAUAAAUGAAAUUGUGGCGCGAAUUGUCGAUCAAAUGAUAUACACUGCAUCUAUCAUCGUGGCUACUUGAGAAACGUUGAUCACAGGAUCCUCAGCAUGGAAUAAGCCACCCACUUUUCACGGCGUUCCAGACAGUAUUUCUAAUGUCAAGAGGUCCUAGGACAGUUUUUCACUAUCAUGUAUAUGUGAACUGGUAGCGCGAGAAAUUCUCCAUCGAUUGGUAUAUCUAUCGUAGUGGCUAGAUGAUAAAAGGUGUCAUAGAUUAUCUUAGACUUUUUGCACAUAGGAGACUGUUUUCCGUAGAGGGAAGUAUUUCUAAACAUACUUUGCCUCAGAACGACUAUUUCCGUAUAUGUGAUAUACAGAAAUAUAGCGCAGAAAAAGAGCUUUCAAAUGACAUAUGAUAGUUCUACUGAGGUAUGAGGCCGAGAGAGACCCACUCGAAAAUAUGAUCAAUAAUAGGUGUCAGAAAUGAUUACAGUUAAUUGGACACAAUUUUUCUGAGAGCAUUUCUAAGGUCUACUGAGCGCCUAGAAAUGUUCUUCUGUUCAUUCUGCAUCUAACCAUGUAUGUGUCGAUGAAAUUCAAGCAGGAACCGAUUCGAUCAAAUAAUUGCCCCGUUGUUUUGUGCGGCAAGGUCAUAACCAUUCAACCAAAAGCUGCAUCUAACGAUAGUAGAAUCUAUUAGCAAAAAAAGUCAUUCACUCAUGCUGUGAAGGUAUCUUACAGAGAAUUUAGCUAAAACAAACACAGACAGCAACGACACAUCAAGAAAAUUUUGCAUAGGGAACGAUCAUUAUGGUCUAAGUACUGUUCAAAAUACUAUCUAACUGUAGUAUAAUAUCAAGAAAGUAAGACAUAUUUUACGUCCGCUUUAUCUUAUUGUUGAAAUAGUACCAUUUUUAUUGCUUAAUUACAGUUCUUUUGAUUACAAAUCGCUUCAGUAACUUAUAACCGUUUAGCAUAUUUUCAAACGUUUGAACGUAAUUUUGAUUUCGGCUCUUGUUUUCUAUCUUGAUCGGAUGAGGAUGAUGAAGAGACAGAUCUCUCUAUUUGCCAUUUUUCCAUUAUUUAAAAAAAUAUUACCGUAUCACUUUACUUCGUAUUAUUAAGCAACGUUAAAGAAGAAAACAAACAGAUUUUAUUUUGAAAUUUGUUGGUAGAGCAGUUGGAAAUAAGUAUUUGUAAACCGAAUAUAGAACUGCUAUGAAUAACAUGACUUUCAGUCUUGAAAAUACUUUAUUCGAGCUUUCGCCAGCUUUCAGUUGGCAUCAUCAGGAAUGUAAUAGACAUUCGAACAAACAAUGGUAUAAAAAG